AUGGAGUCUUCGAAAAAGGGUGUUCAGGACGUGUAUCUGCAUGACCUUGAUCGAGACUACUAUGGAACCACAGCAAGUGACGACGGAUCGAUUAGCCCGUCGACGAGAGAUUUCAGCCAUUUUUCCAAUCGAAAUAUUCAUCAGAACAGAUAUGCCGGAACGAAAUCGCACCGCUCGUCCAUCUCCUCCCUUCCAGGCUCAGUUUUGAUUCAUGCACAAGCAAAUAUACCUAGCGGAGAGGAUGACCACCACUCUAGUACUGUGGAGAGGUCCCAUUACCCUGAUAAGAAAAAUCGGCAGCUGUCGUUUGUGACACGAGGACGAGACGGAGACUGCCCCUUUAGAAACCCCAGCUCCGUUCGGGCGAUGCAAAUGGGUGACGAGGACUCUGAAUUGGAUGCUUUCUCACCAGCCCACAUGACAUUAAGAGCGCGCAAGCAAAGGGAAAGCUUUCGCGCACAGUCGCCUAGUAUAUCAGAGAUUUCCAUGCCCAUGCACUCCGGGGCGGCAUCGCCAUCUUCAUCAAUGCAAAAGUAUUGUCGAUCACUACCUCAAAUGGUACUUGAAGAAGAGACGAAAAGGGACUACCCACUUGUCCUUCUGCAUUGCACCCUACUAUCGCCAUCACUAUUGCUCCCAACUCGAAUGGGCACCCCAAAUUCGGAACUACUACAGGAAGUGCUCCCAGAUAUUUACUGGAGGCGGUGGAAAUUGCUUGAGGACAAAGUAUCUGCUUCAGGUGUUUUACGGGACCGUGGAGUACUUAUUUCUCAUCCACAGGAAGUUUAUGACCUACUGGAGGAACGCCUGCUAGAAAGUUUAGAAUUAAUCCGACCACGUUUGGCAUACGGCCACUUUCUAGGGGUUGAAGACGGUACAGAUAGCUACACCAAGGAACACAAGGAUGAAUCAGGAUGCACUGUCAUAGAUUCUGGAGACGGAGCUAAAUGCGAUGACUGUGGCCGACAUAUCAUAAACACUUCAGAAAGUGAAGAACGAAAGUGGGAAGUUAGGAUAUAUGCCGCGAAUGGGUUGAUGAGAGCUGGAGCUUGGGCAGCUGCUUGGAGGGAUAUGGAAAAGGUUGAUGUGGAAGUCGGGCUGUGGUUGCCAAGCGAUAUCAGGCGGGAGUUGGAGCGAAGGAUGGCGGAGGAAGACAUUUUCCGCCUGGAGGCGGAGCUCCGCUCCGUCGACGACAAACGAAGCCAGAAAAUGAGUGGUACCAAUUCUUCUAGCGCCGAGGCGUCUCGCCAACCUUCUCAUCAUAAAAUUCAAGGGACUCAGAGACAGUUACCAAAAUUGUCAUAUGUGGGCUGGGUGCGUCGAUUUGCCAUUGAUUUCCCAAGCAAGAAGUUUCAGGGUUUAGGUAUUCAGCCUCGGUUCCAAUUCGAGCAAUUCUCUCUUUUUGAUCCUGCCGUAAGCCUGAUAUCCGCGAUUAUCCUGACUCUAGCCUUUAGCUACGGCUGCUUUGGAGGGCCUAGCACUUGGGUUACGCAUACGCCUACAACGGCAGAACCUCAAAAUGUGGUAACAGUGACGGCGUACCAUACGCUUCCGAUGCACACGACGACGGUUUUUGCAUCAGCGUCAACCUCUAGCACACUUCCCCGCAGUGCCUCCAUCACCGUCUCGGUGAAUGGGUCAACCUUCCGGUCUGACAUGACGUCAAAAAUAGAAGAAAAUAAGGUUGGGUUACCGACUGCUCUAGAACCAGUUCUAGAUGUGGAGUCAUAUAGAACCACAGCCUGCAGUGAUGAUGACAUUUUGCUGCCUACUUGUCCGUCGCCACGGGAGAAAAAUUUGGAAUCAACCACUGGCUUGUCGGUUGGCGAUACUGUGAAUGCGAAGGGCGACAACCAGAAAGAAACGGUCUAUUAUGGGACAGAACCAAACGCCAUUGUCUGA